UAUGGCUGCGCCCUUGCGUGAGGUGGUGAAGGAGCAAUAUUUCUACAACAACCCUCGUUAGUGACUCGUUUAACAACCUUUCAGACAUUCGUGACAGGAAACAGGUUCGUUUUAGUCACAGCGAUGUUUCCGAUGACAGGAAACACGUGAGAGAGGCGUUCAACAGCUUUUUAUUUGACUUGAAGGUCUCAUUAGAUGACGAGAAACUGUCAGUAAAGUGUUUAGUCCAAGUCUAAUGUUAAAAUCCAUUGUUCAAUAGCAACAAGUAAAAUUACAUCUGUUUCUCUGAGUUUCAAGUUUUCACUUAUUGUUGUUUUAGUUUUUUUGCGACGUGAAUCUCACCAAAUAUGAAAUUUCAUUAAAAUAAAGUUGGUGGAUCACACGUUUGCCUGAAGGCCAAGUCCAACCUGGACAUGUUUCUGUCGUGUUACAGUCAAUCUUCAGACUAAAUCAGCUCAUGCGAUGGCUCUCAGAAGAGCUGUGACCCGCCUUCUCACAGGAAAUGAGUGUGUCUUCAAUAGGUUGGCACAUCCUCUUCAAAAAUCACCAAGAUUCCUCAGCCAAAUUGUUGGAUUUCAUCACCACCGAUGCAGUGGUGCAAGAACUGUUCACACCGGUGCACCGUUGCUGGGGGCCAGGCUACUGUCGGUGGAUGAGCUGUUUGCCCGCAGGUCUCUGCAGGAGUACCUGACGAGGAUGGAGGCAGAGUACAGUGAAUGUCUGACAGUAGUGAAUCACAGUGCGAUGGAGGAGCGGUGCAGCGAGGAGGAGCUGAGGGCCAAGAGGAGCAGGGUGUCGCUGCUGGAUCCUCUCGUCCAGAGCAUCAGGGAACUGGACACCAAACACAAAGAGAUCACAGAGACUGAGGCACUGCUGAGAGAUGAAGACCCUGCACUUCAAGAGCUGGCGGAGCUGGAAAGAGACGGCUUAUUGCAAGAUAUUCAAGACCUUAGACAAAAGAUCCUGGAUCUGUUGAUCCCUGAGGAGGAGGCUGAUCUGAGCGACCUCAUACUGGAGGUCACAGCUGGUGUUGGGGGUCAGGAGGCCAUGCUGUUCACUAAUGAGGUGUUUGACAUGUACCACGGCUUCGCUCAGCACCACGGCUGGUCCUUUGACGUCCUGGAGCACAUGACCAGCGAGAUAGGUGGACUACGUCACGCCUCGGCCAGUAUCAGCGGCCCCGAGAGCUACAAGAGAUUGAAGUUCGAAGGUGGAGUCCAUCGAGUGCAGAGGGUUCCCAAGACUGAGAAACAGAGUCGAAUGCACACCAGCACCAUGACAGUGGCUGUACUCCCCCAACCCACAGAGAUCUCUUUCACAAUAAACCCGAAGGACCUGCGGAUAGAUACUAUGAGGGCAAGUGGAGCUGGAGGCCAAAGCGUCAACACCACAGACAGUGCAGUCAGAAUAGUUCAUCUGCCGACAGGCGUGGUCGCAGAGUGUCAGCAGGAACGAUCCCAGCUGAAGAACAAGGAGAAAGCCAUGAAGGCCCUGAGAGCAAAGCUGUACAGCAGGAAGCUGGAGGAGGUGACCAGCAAACGCUACAACCAACGUAAAGUACAGAUUGGCACCAAAGGCCGAUCGGAGAAGAUCCGGACAUACAACUUCGCCCAGGACCGAAUCACAGACCACCGGAUCGGCAUGACUGUGCACGAUGUCAAGAGCUUCCUGCUGGGAGAGGAGCAGCUGGACGAGAUGAACUCUUCGCUGCAGGAGUUCUCCAACCAGGAGACGCUCAUGGAACUGCUGGGAGAAAACGACCAGGGAGGCUCAUGAGUUUGUCUCAGAGGAAGAGGGAUUUUGUGGAAAGGUUCUUUCUACAUAAAUACAAUAUAUUAUAUAUUGUAGGUCUUUGUUGUUGUUGUUGUGCGUCAAAUUCUGCUCUGGAAACCACAAGGAAAAGGACCAAGAUGGGGACCAAGUCUCAAUGCUUUUCAGGGAACUGAUAUCAAUGAGUGUGGGCAAUGUGGUGCCGCUUGAUUGAAUAUAAAUAAGGACUGUUGGGCCUUGGUAGAGGUACUGUCUCUACUGAGUGCUACUCUUGUUACCUGCGAGCACAGGAGCUCACAUUUACAGCCCUGUGCGUUUGUUUGUAGAAACAACUGAACAGACGUCCAGGAAACUUGGACACGUGGAAUGAUGCAGUUGGGAGUCAGGAAAGAAUCAAGAGACUCGGAUAAAGGAUGACUCACUAAAUUCUCUUGAUUUCUCAGAGAAUAAUUGAUGGAUCUCGAUGUGAAAAAACCCCAGACAUGUUUAGGGGACUGUCAUCUAUAAGCAAUUUGGUGCAGAACCAAAUAAAAAUACAGCUCAGUGAAUUUAAAUGUGAUAUCAUACCGGGUAUUGGCUUAGUAGGGGACUUACUUACUAAAAAAUACUUAAUUAUACAACAAGUUAUGUUUUUAAUGUACUUUUAAGUUGAUAACAAUAAAAAGUGACAUGCUUUUCAUUUGAAAAAGUAGUUUCCCCAUUUCCCACCCUCAUCUACCUCCAGUCUUGUUGUCAUAUUACUGCUUGUGUUUAUAAACAGUUUUCAUGUGA